AAGUUCGCGAACUCCCGCACUUUCUCCACAUCGCGCCUGGAUAUCGCCACCAUACACAGCAUGCGCACGUCCUCGAGGCAUUCCACACCACGGUUGCUUCGGCUCAUCUAAGUCUUUCCACGGUAGAUUCGUCCAAGACAGGAGCUAUGUGGGUGCUUGACAGUGAUUUGUUCGAGGGCCGGUCACUUUGGUUGCGCCCUGGGAAAACCUAUCUGUUUGGUCGCACAGUCGCCGAAGCGGGGCAACUGGCCAUCUCGGACAAAACCAUCUCGAGAAAACACAUUACGAUUCAUGUCGACAAUGUACCCGAGGGGGGUGGUCGUAACCUCCGCUCGCGAUCCACCGUCACGAUUGAAGACCUCGAUUCGAAAAAGGGGACACUCCUGAACGGCGUCCAGAUCCGAGGACAAAAACAAACAUUAUCCGAAGAUGUAAACGAGGUGAAAUUGGGAAUGUGCUCAAAGCUUCUCCGCAUAGGAUGGAACCCGGUCGUCCUCAGCUUCUCCUUCACGGCAAAGGAGCUACGCGCGGACCCCUGGACAAGACUCCGCGACAGUCUGGAGCAGCUCGACAUAAAAUACUCCGCCGACUACGGGAUUGACACCACCUACGUUGUCUCCAAGAAGCGCAACACCUCAAAAGGGCUGCAGGCGCUACUAAACGGCAAAUACAUCGUUGCCGAUAGCUUCAUCAACGCGAUUGUCGACGCAGCCACCGUUCCAGAAGGUGCAGAAGAGGGCACGCCUAGUGCUUUGGAAGAGGAUGUUGAAACCGCCUGGCCGAACGCCAUCGACCAUUUGCCCCCGCGCGGCGAGGAACCCGUAGAACGGCCGUCCGAAUCAUACUCCCCCGACGAACGGCGCCAAGAAGUGUUUGAUGGAUACACGUUUGUCUUUUACGAACCAAAGCAGUACGAGAACCUGUUCCCCGCCAUUACUGCUGGGAAAGGCAAAGCUUUGCUCAAGGAGGUCAUCCCUGGGAAAACGGACAUUGACGACUUCAUCCGAUAUGUCAAGGGCGUUGCCGGCGAAAAGGGGUUGGGGUCUUUUGAGGAUGGCAGUGAGGGCAGGGGCGUGGUUGUUGUUCGAUAUACGCCGAAGACGGAAGACUAUGAAUGGUUCACCCAGUUCUUGACUUCUGUCGCUCAACGGCUAGAUCAUCGACCCAUCGACCAGCGUGAGUUUCUCGAGGCCAUCCUUGCUUGCGAUGCCUCCAUGCUCCGCCGUCCCCUGGAAGAAGCUAGCCAACCGGCGCCCGCGGGAUCAGGGGUACAAGAGCAUAAUGGUGAUGUGGAAGAUCGCAUGGAGGUUGACCAGCCUGCGGAUCAGCCGCAAUCUUCCGAGGAAGCCGCCGUGGAACAGGACCCCGCCCCGCGAAAAGCACGGGGUCGGCGGGCUGGCCGGAGUCGCUUCAAAGGUUUCGAUUUUGACGAUGCGGAGGAGCCUGUGGAAGAGACUCCUCCGGUGGAACUCCCCGGGCCGCCACAAGCGGCCGCCGCAUCUCAAGAUAGCCUGUUUGUCUCUCAACACCAGGAGGCCAGUCUCCCUGUGGAGGAAGAGCCUCCCGCUACCCGGGCCACUCGACAAACACGGCGUAAGCGUGCGCUAUCACCACUCCCGGAGCACGACGUCAGUGCGUUGAUGGAUGAGAUUGCCCCGACAGCAGCGGCAGCCAAACGCCGACGCAUCGAGUCCGGGCAAGCUGCCGUUCCUCUGUCCCCCGAGCCCGAACCGACCCCGAAGCCAGACGAGGACGUUGAGAUGAUUCCAGAGUCACCAGAGGAAAAGCCAAAGAAGGGUCAGACCGCAAGGGGCAGGGGCAAGAAGAUUAAGGAGGAAGACGGCAUCCUCGAACUCGCGCGGCGGCAACGAGAGGAGGCCGAGGCUCUAGCAGCUGCUAAACGCAAGGACCUUGAGGAGCUGCCCGACGACGGGAUCGAUUACGCAGCGAUCCGGUCGUUGCACAUCAUCGAAGAGUGCGAGGUCCGCUUCCCCGAGGCCGGCACGAGCGGGCGCACUCGAGACCAGGACAUUGUUGACGGCCGGUGGGACCCGCGGUGGAACGGACGCAAGAAUUUCAAGCGGUUCCGCAAGCAGGGCGAGGCCGGUGGGCGCCAGGCGCCGCGCAUCAUCAUCUCGCUGGAGGAAGUCAAACCCAAGGAGUACGGCAUCGGCGACGAUUACUGGCUGGAGGACGAGGAGGGCGGGCGGCGCAGGAAGGAUAGCCAGCGCGAGUCGCAGACCCAGACCCAGACCCAGCAGCCGCCGCCGUCGCACGGCCAGUCUGAUAGCCUGGCCAAGGGCAAGGAAAAGGAGGUGGUGAAGCCGAGGCCUGCUGUGCGGCGGACCGUCGUGGCCAUCGACAGCAGCGACGAGGAGGAGCCUAGCGAGCUCAGUGUGGUGGUACCGCCGCCGGAGGAGAGUUUUGUGCCGGAGUCGGAACCGUCUAGGAGCCGGGCGGCCAAGGCGGCGGAGAAGGCGAACUCGCAGCGUGGCCGGUCGCAGACACAAACGCAGACGCAGUCCCAGAGCCAGGUGGCGUCGUCGUCGUCCAACAAACGGUCUGCGCCGGCGGACUCGAAUAAGGAUCGGGCAGCUAAGAAGCCGCGGAGGGGGUUCAAGCCGCCGAGCGAUGAUGAUAGCGAUGACAGUGACGAUGAGCUCAAGUUCCGGUUUGGGAGGCGGAGGUAGUGCUGGUGAGGAGGAUGCUUUUGCUUUCCACCUGCGAUUGCUCAGAGAUUGUGCAGUUAAUAUAAGA